AUGGGCGAAUGCUCUUUUGGUCGAGGGUUCGGGCAGACAAAUCCUACCAAGGACGAAUACCUCAACAUUGAGGAGAGGAUUUGGAAACACAUCACAGAUUCUAUAUUCUCGGGCAUGACACAACGGUAUCAGAGAGUUUAUUUGAAGAAGCUUCUGAGAAAACUCGGGUUCAGCCUCCAGUAUGACUGGCCCGCAGACAUGAUCACCGGCAUUCAAGCAAUUGUUCACAGUCGCGCGGCGGAUAAAACAGCUUCACGUACAGAUCUCCUGCAACGUCUCAUCGAAGACGGCACCCGUCCGGACAACCUUCAGAAAAUGACAUCCCGUGAUAUCAUUCAUCAAAUGGCCGAGAUUCUUCUUGCAGGGUCUGAGACUACGUCAGGGACUAUCGCCUGUCUGCUUUUGGAGCUCGCGCGCAGCCGGGACAAAAAGAAGAAAUUGCUCCAAUCACUCCCAGUGCUGAGCCCAGACGAUCCUCUUAUUGAUGAUAAGACUAUACGGACAAGUGAUCAAUUCAAGUAUCUCAAUGCUUGUAUUAAAGAGAAUCUGCGAAUGCAUCCGAUCGCGAGUGAGAUGGGGCGCAAGACCGGCAAGGAAUGGUGUCAUUUAGCUGGCUAUGAUAUUCCUCCCGGUACUGUUGUCUCCGCAAGCUACCGAGAUCUGAAGCAGUGA